AUGUUGCCGUUAUUCCUAGUCCUCUCAUACCUAUGCCAAUUGAUCACCGCAGGAAAAGAUGUAGAAACACCACUUCUGCAGAUCACAGUGCCAGAGAAAAUCGAGACUAACAUCACGGAUGUCAAGGAGGCAGAAACACAAGUCACUUAUGUGGUCAGAAUUGAGGGCAAAGCAUACACACUCCAACUUGAAAAACAGUCAUUUUUACAUCCACUUUUUGCGACAUAUUUGCGUAGCAAGUUGGAAACAUUGCAACCAUAUUUUUCUUUACUAAAGAGUCACUGCUUUUAUCAAGGACAUGCUGUCGAGAUCCCAGCAUCGAUGGUGACAGUCAGCACUUGCUCAGGUCUCAGGGGUUUGUUGCAGUUAGAGAACACCACUUACGGAAUUGAACCCUUAGAGUCUUCAGCUACAUUUGAACACAUACUUUAUGAAAUAAAGAAUAAUGAAAUUAACUAUUCUCCCUUCAAAGAAAACUAUACCAGUUCCAAGCAAGAAAGUCAGUCAUACCGAAUUCUUGUAAAACCAGAGAAAGCUUCAAACUCGACAUUAACCAAGAGGAUUUUGAGGGUAAAGAUAAUCGUGGAUAAAGCCAUGUUUGACCAUAUGGGCUCUGAGGUGGGAGUCGCGACUCAGAAAGUUGUUCAUAUCUUUGGUCUCAUUAACACUAUGUUUUCACAGCUGAAGAUGACUGUGAUGUUAAACUCUCUGGAGAUCUGGUCAGAACAAAAUGAGAUAGAAACAAAUGGGGAUGCUGAUGAAGUCCUGCAAAGGUUUCUGCUGUGGAAACGCAAGGAAACCUCUCAAAGGCCCAAGGACAUAACCUACUUACUCCUGUAUAAGGAUCAUCCUGAUUAUGUGGGAGCGACAUAUCAUGGGAUGGCCUGCAACACAAAGUUUACAGCAGGAAUCGCUCUGCACCCAAAGACGUUAGCUGUGGAGGGCUUUGCCAUUGUUCUCUCACAGUUGCUGGGAAUUAACCUGGGGCUGACCUAUGAUGACAUCUACAAUUGCUUCUGUCCAGGAAGCACAUGCAUAAUGAAUCCUUCAGCAAUACGUUCCCAAGGCAUAAAGGUUUUUAGCAGUUGCAGCGUGGAUGAAUUCAAGCAAUUGGCUUCACAGCCUGAACUAGACUGCCUUUGGAAUACACCAGAGACAGAAUUUGUUGCCCUGCCCCAAACUGGGUCAGUUUGUGGUAACCGCAUCUUGGAGCCGCCAGAGCAAUGUGACUGUGGCACAAUAGAGACCUGUUCUCAUAAAAAAUGCUGUAAACCUGAAGAUUGUACUCUGAUUAGGUCUGCUGACUGUGGUACAGGGCCAUGCUGUGACAAAAGAACGUGUAAGAUAGCUGAAAGAGGACGCCUAUGUAGGAAAAGUGCAGACCAGUGUGAUUUCCCAGAGUUCUGCAAUGGAGUAUCUGAACACUGUGUACCUGAUGUAAAAGCUGCAGACCUGGAACCUUGCAACAACCAUACUGCCUAUUGCUAUGGUGGGAUUUGCCAAGACCUAGAUAGGCAGUGUACAGAUUUAUUUGGAAAAUUCGCUAAGGGUCCUAAUUAUGUGUGUGCACAAGAAGUGAAUCUGCAAAAUGACAAAUUUGGAAACUGUCAUGGGCGUUGUAGUUACAGUUCUUUAUUUUGUGGAAAAGUAGUUUGUUACUGGAACCUUGCAGAAGUCGUGAAAACACAGAAAUAUGAUAUUCAGUAUACUUACUUGGGAGGCCAGGUGUGUAUAUCUGCACAUUUAAGAUUGACGGGCAGUGGAAUUGCAGACGACACAUAUGUCCGUGAUGGUACUAUUUGUGGUAGUGGCCAGGUUUGUCUCAGAGGGGAAUGCUUACGUGUGCACGUCCUGAGGGGUACUAGGGAGUGCGAUUACUGGGUCAAAUGUCAAUCACAAGGGAUUUGCAAUAAUCGACAGAACUGUCAGUGUGAAUCUGGUUUUGCUCCUCCAGAAUGUGACAUGACACCUUCAUCUCCAGGAGGAAGCAUGGAUGACGGAUUUUGGCUGCCCUUUGAUAAAAGCACACCUUUGAUUGUCAAGCGACAUGGCUCUCAGUAUAAAAAGGGGCUUUUGAUCAGUUUCUACAUUUUCCUGCCUUUCCUUGUUGUGACAGCCAUUAUGGUUGUUAAACGGAACAUCUCAAAGGUAUUUGAGCACAAAGAGGAAGCAUUAAGUGGAGGAUCACUAUCAGAAGACGGUAACGACAGCAAGCAGUCAUAG